AUGUUUGGUUUUCGAAAAUUUCAAUUCAUAUUAUUUAUUAAUUGUUUAAUUCUAUUACCAAUAAUUUAUCUAUUAAGAAAUUAUAAAUCAGAAUCAAAUUUUCCACAAGAUACAACAACACAUGUUACACAACAACACAAGUUAUACCGUUGUAAAAUUCCACCACAUCCACUCACAAGUACAAUCAAAAUUUCUGAAACAAUAAGUUCAUAUAGUUGUUCUAUAGACUAUAACGAUAAAAUAAAAAUUAUUGCUAAUCAUUCUACAUUUAAUUCAACAAGUCAACAACUAACAAUUCUAUGUCCUCUUAAUGCUUCAUUAGACAUUGUUUUAUCACCCGAUUACAUAACACAUCGAAGUACAGGUAGUCAAACAAGUGUAUCAUUAUUAAUUAAUCGUUUACCAGAUAAACAAAUUGUAAACAAACGACAAAAAUUAUUAAAUGAACAAUUAUUGUUAUUACGUAAAACAGAUAAAAUUCAAUUAUCAAUUGUUGAUGAUGAAUUAUUUACGGUUACAUGUAAUAAUCAAGAACAAUUAUUUAUUCAAACAAUCUUUAAACCUGAAGUAGCAAACCGAUCAAUACAGAAACAAAAUAGAACAAAACGAAAUUUACCUCCUGUUCUUGUAAUUGAAUUUGACGGUGUGAGCAGAACCCAUUUUCAUAGAAAAAUGAUUAAUACAAUGGACUAUCUUCAACAUAAAUUAUCUGUAAUGAAUUAUACGAUUGUUGACUUCGAGAAAUAUCAUGCAUUGGACCGUAAUUCUGAUGGUAAUAUUCGGUCAAUGUUUUGUGCAAGUGGCAAAUACGGUUGGGGAAAAUCAAAUAAUAAAGACAAAAAAGCUAAUUUACCAUGUGGUGUAGAUGAUUUUAUUUUUAAUGUAUUUAAAUCCAAUGGUUAUUCUACACCCCUGAGUCACUUAAUAACCUUGGACACAUAAUUCAUGUCUUAAUGCGUUGGAUCAGCCGGCCUAUAGUAUACUUACUCAGUUGUUCCGUACAAUUCGCUUACAAUUUUUCACAACAUUAAC